CCAAGCCAAGGCAGGCUGUGUGUGAAUGGGAGACCUCGCCGCGCUCCUGCGCUCUGUGAUCUCUGCUCUCUGGAUUAUUCCUCACUUUUUUAAAACCCGCAGGAUUUUGCGGUGACCUGUGCGGGCUCCUCCUGCUGCCUCCAGCUGAGCUCACCUCACUCAGGUUUUAUGUGAGGAGAAGAAGAAGAAAGGCAGCAGAAGCGCGUGGGACUGUGUGGAUUUAAAUAACUGAUCGGACUUUUCUGCGCGUUCCCGUGCAGCCAUGCCCCACUGAAGCCGACUCUUCACCAGACCUGCCGCCAGCUCUUCUCUCCUUUUCCUCCUCCCCCCUCUCCUCCUCUGCCCCUUCAUCCUUUCCUCUUCGUGUCCACCAUGGUCUUCUCCUGUUCCUCUCCUCUGCUCCUCCUCCCUCUCCUCUCCCUUGUCCUCUUUUCCUCCCCUAUCCUCUCUGCCCCUGCUGCUCCUCCGCCUCCCUCCGUGCCAUCGGGCAGAGUGGUGUACCGGGCCUUUGACACCUCCCUCACCCACCUGACCGUCCACCAGAGUACAGGUGAGGUGUAUGUCGGAGCAGUGAACCGAGUGCUGAAGCUGUCGGCUAAUCUGACGGAGCUGCGGAGUCACAUGACCGGACCUGUGGAGGACAAUGCUAGCUGUUACCCUCCACCCAGCGUCAGGUCCUGCGCUCAUCGACUGGAGAUGUCAGAUAACGUGAAUAAGCUCUUACUAGUGGAUUAUAUUGGAAACAGACUGGUGGCAUGCGGCUCCAUCUGGCAGGGCGUCUGUCAGUUCCUCAGGCUGGAGGAUCUCUUCAAACUGGGGGAACCGCAUCACCGCAAGGAGCACUACCUGUCUGGAGCCCGAGAGGCCGAUGGGAUGGCAGGUGUGAUCGUUGAAGACCACUGGUUGGAUGACCCAAAGAGAAAGAUUUUGGAGAAGACCAAGAGCCACUUGUUCAUCGGAGCCGCCAUCGAUGGAAAGUCGGAAUAUUUCCCCACGCUGUCCAGCAGGAAGCUGGUGGUUGAUGAGGAGAGCGUCGAUAUGUUCUCUCUGGUUUACCAGGAUGAGUUCGUCUCCUCGCAGAUCAAGAUCCCGUCCGACACCCUGUCACUCUACCCUGCCUUCGACAUCUACUACGUCUACGGCUUCUCCAGUCGCACGUACGUGUACUUCCUGACACUGCAGCUGGACACGCAGCUGACUCAGAUGGAUGCCGGAGGAGAGAACUUCUUCACGUCUAAGAUUGUGAGGAUGUGCUCUGAUGACACCGAGUUCUACUCGUAUGUGGAGUUUCCUCUGGGCUGCACAAAAGAUGGCAUAGAGUACCGAUUGGUCCAGGCCGCCUACAAGCAAAAACCAGGGCGGCGGCUGGCACAAGCGCUCGGCCUUUCUGAAAAUGACGACAUCCUGUUUGUCGUCUUCUCACAGGGUCAGAAGAAUCGCUCCAACCCACCAAGAGAGACGGUCCUCUGUCUGUUCACCCUCCAUGACAUCAACCUGGCCAUGAGAGAAAGGAUCCGCUCCUGUUACCGUGGAGAGGGACGGCUCUCGUUACCGUGGUUACUGAACAAAGAGCUGCCCUGCAUCCACACUCCGAAGCAGAUCGGAGAUGAUUUCUGCGGUUUGGUUCUGACCCAGCCGCUCGGAGGCCUGAGGGUGAUCGAGGGACAGCCGCUGUACGAGGACCGGACCGAGGGCAUGGGCGCCGUGGCCGCAUACACCUACGGGGAGCACACGGUGGUGUUCGUGGGAACCCGGAGUGGACAGCUGAAGAAGAUCCGCGUGGAUGGGAUCCCGCCGCCAGCUGAGAACGCUUUGCUGUAUGAGACAGUGACUGUGGUGGAGGGGAAGCCGAUUCUGAGAGACAUGGUGUUCAGUCCUGACCAUCAGUACAUCUACCUGCUCAGUGACAGACAGGUAAAUACACCUGCCGAGCUCUUACACGAUCAGUCAGAGAAACGGUCACGAGACUCUUCUCCGUUCGAUACUCGAGGGCGCAUGGGAGUCUACAUGUGUUUUGUGGACUUGGAGAGGGCAUUCGACCGUGUCCUUCAGGGGGUCCUGUGGGGAGUGCUCCAGGAGUACGGGGUGUCUGGCCCAUUGCUACGGGCCAUUCGGUCCUUAUACGAGCGUUGCAAGAGCUUGGUCCGCAUAGCCGGCAAUAAGUCGGACUCGUUCUGUUGUGGUUCUGUGGUUCUGUUGCCUUCAUCAGGUGAUGGCCUCCAACUUGCCUUGGAACGCUUCAGUGUAACGCGCCCUUAUAUUGAUCACUAUGAACUAAGUAUUAAGAAGGAUGUUGUUAUGCUGUUAAUUUCAGGAGCAAAACGAGUGGUGCAGCUCAGCCUUCGCUCCACAGAGACUGGACACCAGUUCAUCACCACAAACCUCAUCUACUACAACUGCUCUGUGCUCAACUCGUGCACUUCCUGUGUCAGCAGUGAGUUUCCGUGUCAUUGGUGUAAAUAUCGUCACAUCUGCACCAACAACCUGCAGGACUGCUCCUUCCAGGAGGGACGAGUCAGCAACAUGGAGGGUUGUCCUCAGAUAAUCCCUACCUCUGACAUCCUGGUUCCAGCCGGGAUGGUUCGUCCAAUCACGCUGAGAGCUCGUAACCUUCCCCAACCUCAGUCCGGUCAGAAAAACUACGAGUGCGUGUUUAACAUCCAGGGAAAAGUGCAGCGCAUCCCCGCCGUCCGCUUCAACUCCUCCUGCAUUCAGUGUCAGAACACCUCGUAUUGGUAUGAAGGGGACGAGGCUGGCGAUCUCCCGGUGGAUUUCUCCAUUGUCUGGGACGGAGAUUUCUUCAUCGACAAGCCCGCGUCUAUGAAAGCGUUGCUGUACAAGUGUGAGGCUCAGCGCUCCAGCUGUGGUCAGUGCCUCAAAGCUCCAACUGCCUUCGAGUGCGGGUGGUGCACCGAAAGCAGGAAGUGCCUCCUCCGACAGCACUGCCCGUCCCCCGAACAGAACUGGAUGCACUACACCCGACACAACCUGCGCUGCAGCCACCCACGCAUCACCAAGAGCCCGACUUUCAGCCGUGUCCAUCCAGAGAAGGGACCUGUUUCUGGGGGAACCAGACUGACGGUGAUGGGUCGACACUUGAAUGCCGGCAGCUCUGUCACUGUCUACAUAAACAAGGAGGAGUGUCUGUUUGUCAAACGAACUGAUCGGGAGAUAGUUUGCAUAACUCCCAGCUCCACGUCAGGCACGGGCGAAGCCCCCAUCCGUCUGAAGAUUGAUAGGGCCGAGGUUACAAGCACAGAUACCAAGUACACAUACACGGAUGACCCAACCAUCACCAGCAUUGAACCAAACUGGACCAUCCUCAAUGGCAGUACGCUGAUAACGGUGACGGGAACCAACCUGCACACCAUCCAGGAGCCCAAAGUCAGAGCCAAAUAUGGAGGAGUGGAAACUAACAAUUACUGCACUGUAGUCAAUGACAGCACAAUGACAUGCUUGGCUCCUGGUCUGGUCUACACUAAACCCGACCCACCAGAGGGGGCGCUGCGGCCCGAUGAGUUUGGCUUCAUCUUCGACCAGGUGUCCUCUUUGCUGGUGCUUAACUCCACCCCCUUUACACACUACCCGAACCCAACCUUUGACUCCUUGGGGAACUCUGGGAUCCUCGAGGUUAAACCAGGGUCACCCAUCAUCCUCAAGGGUAAAAAUUUGAUCCCUCCUGCCCCCGGUAACAACCGCCUGAACUACACAGUCCUGAUUGGAGAGUCGCCCUGCCUCCUAACCGUGUCAGAGAACCAGCUGCUUUGUGAUUCACCGGAUAUCACCGGAGAAAAGAGAGUCGUGAUCUUGGUGGGUGGUCUGGAGUACUCCCCGGGCAUGCUCCACAUCUACUCCGACAGUGCCUUGACGCUGCCUGCCAUCAUCGGGAUCGGAGCAGGCGGAGGCGUGCUGCUCAUCGCGAUCAUCGCAGUGUUGAUCGCUUACAAGAGGAAGACCCGUGAUGCCGACCGCACGCUGAAACGCCUCCAGCUGCAGAUGGACAACCUGGAGAGCCGGGUGGCGCUAGAGUGCAAAGAGGCCUUUGCGGAGCUGCAGACAGACAUCCAAGAACUUACCAAUGACAUGGAUGGAGUGAAGAUUCCCUUCUUGGAAUAUCGGACAUACACCAUGAGGGUCAUGUUCCCAGGGAUAGAAGAACACCCCGUCCUCAAAGAGCUUGACGUAUGUACAAUACGGCAGGAUGUUCGGAUCUUUGAGUCUCUGGAUCCACAGCUGCAAUUUUUCCCUGAUCAUAAUAACAGGGUGUGGCAGCAACUCAGCCCACAGUGUGAGACCGAGUCUGUUGCUGAGAAGAUGCUGACGAACUGGUUCACUUUCCUCCUCCAUCGAUUCCUCAAGGAGUGUGCGGGCGAGCCUCUCUUCAUGCUGUAUUGUGCCAUAAAGCAGCAGAUGGAGAAGGGACCGAUUGACGCCAUCACCGGAGAAGCUCGUUAUUCUCUCAGUGAAGACAAACUCAUCCGACAGCAGAUCGACUACAAACAGCUGACGCUGAUGUGCAUCCCUCCUGAGGGUGAAGUUGGGACUGAGGUGCCGGUGAAGGUGCUGAACUGCGACACAGUCACUCAGGUCAAAGACAAACUGCUGGACGCUGUUUACAAAGGAAUCCCAUACUCGCAGAGACCUCAGGCAGAUGACAUGGACUUGGAGUGGCGUCAAGGUCGGCUCACGAGGAUCAUCCUGCAGGACGAAGACGUGACAACUAAGAUAGAGAGCGACUGGAAGAGACUCAACACGCUGGCGCACUACCAGGUAACAGACGGCUCCGUGGUGGCGCUCGUCCAGAAGCAGGUUUCUGCCUACAACAUCGCCAACUCCUUCACCUUCACCAGAUCGCUGAGCAGAUACGAGUCUUUACUGAGAACAUCCAGCAGUCCCGACAGCCUGAGAUCCAGAGCUCCGAUGAUCACCCCAGACCAGGAAACAGGAACUAAACUGUGGCACCUGGUGAAAAAUCAUGAGCACAGCGACCAGAGAGAAGGAGACCGUGGCAGCAAGAUGGUUUCUGAAAUCUACCUGACCAGACUUCUAGCAACCAAGGGGACGCUGCAGAAGUUUGUGGAUGACCUGUUUGAGACUGUGUUCAGCACCGCCCAUCGUGGCUCUGCACUCCCAUUGGCCAUAAAAUACAUGUUCGACUUCUUAGACGAGCAGGCCGACAAACGACAGAUAACUGACCCAGACGUCCGACACACCUGGAAGAGCAACUGCCUUCCUCUCAGGUUCUGGGUGAAUGUUAUUAAGAAUCCUCAGUUUGUGUUCGACAUCCACAAGAGCAGCAUCACCGACGCUUGCUUGUCAGUCGUCGCUCAGACCUUCAUGGAUUCUUGCUCGACGUCUGAACAUCGGCUCGGCAAAGACUCUCCAUCCAACAAACUGCUCUACGCGAAGGACAUCCCCAACUACAAGAGCUGGGUGGAAAGGUAUUACAGGGAUAUAGCCAAGAUGCCUAGCAUCAGCGAUCAGGACAUGGACGCAUACCUGGUGGAGCAGUCCCGACUCCACGGAAAUGAGUUCAACACACUGAGUGCGCUCAGCGAGCUCUACUUCUACAUCAACAAGUACAAGGAAGAGAUCCUAACAGCACUGGACCGGGAUGGGUACUGUCGCAAACACAAACUGAGGCACAAACUGGAGCAAGCCAUCAAUCUGAUGUCUGGAAGCAGCUGAGAGAAGGGGAAGGAUGAAUGGACUGAUGGAUUGAUGGAUGGGGGGGGAGGGCGUGGGAAGAAGAAUGGGGGAGGGGGAAAUGAGGGCAUUUGGUUUUUCUGAACUGUUUAAACAGUCAGCCGAACUGCUCCAUGUUGGACCGAACUGACAGCCGCAGCUCCAGUUGCAUUAGCAAUCAAUCUAUCAGUAAUUUAUUUGUCAGUUGAUGGAUUGAUUGACUUGAAGAUCGACUGGCUGGGUGGGACCCCAACUACCUCCAUUUGGUGGAUUUUUGGGGUGGAAAAUUGAUUUCCAAACCGAUGCGGAUACAUUUACUACGGAACUUUGAGUCAUUUGGGGGCAAAAAAUAACCCUUCUAGAUGCAUCUGUCGGUUUGGAUUUGAUUUUACUGCAAGCAGGGAUCAAACAAAGGGGAUGUAGCUGUGGGCUAAAGACUGUGUCACGUUUCUCCGAACAGUGGAUGUGACGGGAGAACAAAGUGACCUGACUUCAGCUUGCUUCGGAACUUAACAGGCGCUUGGUUGAAAGGUCGGAUCAAGUUUCCAUGAAAGCCACAGACUACACUUUGAAAAGCUUGUUCUGUCUGAAGGAUCAAGAAACUACGCCUAUGGUCAGACAGUCACAGGAAAAACACAACAGGCUGGAUUGAACUUUAAGAGCCUCAUCAUAAUCUGAACAAGUCCAGGGCUAAGUCAAGGCCUACCACAGAGGUUCAAAGCCUCUUUACUGAUGUCGUAACUUUGGACCACUUAUCCUCAACCAUACCCUUAGCAUUGUCUGGAAGAAUCCACUGUAAGGAAGUCAGGUCAGAACUUGAGGCUGGAAGCGACAAAGUCAAGUCACCGAUUUGGAAUAUCUGACCCUACCGUGGACUUUUUUGGAUUCAGUAGGUUGUUUUAAGCUUUAAUGAAGAAGAAGAAAGCAAAUAAACUAAAUGUCCAAUAAACUGAUGGCUUGGCCUAAACUUGAAAUCACUGGACGCUAAGAGGAUUUGGACAUAGAGUAAUAAGGACUCUGAAGCGAGAUGAUAUAACUUGACCUUGGACUUGUUCGGCCAAGCCUCGUCAGGAUCUAAAUGUUUCUAAGUUGCUGUUUAAAUAACCACUCGAUUCUCUGGACAAUCACUCUAUACCACAGCACACUGAGCCCGAUGCCUACUGACAGACCAGUACCUGUGUCCAUAACCUUAUCCCGUCCUCCCUCUUUUCUUCACCGUCCAUCAGAAGUUUACCUCCUAAUUCUCCUCGUCCUACUCCUUCUCUACCUUCCUUUUCUUUCCUUCUUCGCUCUUUCUCCCCACCUUUGAUUCCUGCUCGUCCUCGACCCUCGACCCUCCAUCAUUGGUCAGUCAUGCUGGCCUCUGGCCAUCCUACUGGCCAAGAAGACUCUUUAGUAAUGUACUGCCCGACCAAUCAAGACUGUGGAAUUCGCCAGAAUUGUGAAUAAUUUACUAGAAGUGAAUAUAAACGAAUAUAGCAUUACGUUUUGAAUACAUUCCAGCACAGGCACACAGGCAAGGUCUGUAAAUAAGUAGGUUGACUGUAGAAUUUUUCAACAGAAAAAAUCUCCAAAAGUGGAGUAACAGGCAUUUUUCAGGACCACAAGAACCUAGACGCUGGGGUCCUGGAGUCAACACCUGAAUACAAACUUUGACGUUUAUUGGUGCAGCGCUUUAUCGACAGACCUUGCACAUACAUAUACAGCCAUGCUUUACAGCACCAUGCUAAACAUGCCCAGGGGGAAAUACUGUGCAGAGCUACAAGCCCAGUGCCAUGUAAAGACCGGACCGGAUCACAUCAGAACUGGACCGGACUUGGACCAAAUCCGGACUGAAAACAACCCGGAAUAGAAUUUUAGCCGGACCGGACUCAAGAACUCUUAAGACUUGUGGCCAUAAUUGUAAACAACAAAAAAAGAAAGAUAAUAAUGAUGACAAAGUAUAAAAAAAGAAUACAAAAGAAAGGAAAAAAAUAUUGAAAUGUUAACAUGUAAUAAGAACUUUGUGGAUUUGACGGUAUGGAUUUUAAAGAGCUGAACUUGUAUACUGAACGUUAUGCUACAUCAGAAUCUGGAGGAAGAGCAAGAGCCAGGAGGCAGAGCGACGGUUCAGGCCAAACCAAGACCGUCCCCUCACCAUCGGAUCAGGCCCAGACCCAACCAAGCUGGAUUCAACUGGAGUCUGUUGUGUUAGAAGCUCUGUAUGUGGAAGAUGAGGAAACAAACUGAAAUUUUUUGGUGCUUUUAUUUGCCAAACUGGUUGUUUGUUUGAACAGAUUUCCAGAGCGGCAUUGGAUGGAGGUUUGUCCUGAAGGUUUGGGUAGCGUUUUAGGCAGCGUUUCAGAUGGAGUCUGAGCUUUUGUUGCCUCAUCCAGGGCUUUCACACGCCUAAGUUCUAAAACCUUACAAGUAAAAAUUAUGCUCAUGAAGAAGUUUGGAACUACCGCAACUCAGAAUAGCUCUGUGUGAAAAGCUCUUAUUCUCUGUGUGAACGACGGCCUUUCCAACAUGGCAACAAUGCACCCUUCAACCUCCCAGUCCCACCUGUGUGGUAGAACAUUUUCACAUCAUGAAACUGGCUUGUAAAUAUUGCCCAAAGGUCAGUUUGGGAUGUAGUUUGAUUGCAUAGGUAUUUGGCCUUUUGAAAACUAAAAACACAAACUAACCUCUACUCAACAAUGAUUUAAAGCAUAUGACAUCCAGCAAACAACUUGCACCAGAACUGUUCGGUCAAAACUAAUGUUGUGUAAAUGUGUGCCAGUGGAAGACUGGUAUGUGUUUUUUUUGCUUUCCCCUUUUAAAUAAGAUGCAAACUGCUUCAGGGCCUUUCACGUUUCAAGCUUCUAAUUGGAACAAGAUUUUAGGUCCCCAACUUUUUUGGUGUGUUUAAAUAUAGUUCAAAAACCAGAAAAGUUCAGAUUGGCAAUCAGUUGUCACUUGCAAAUUUCUGCCAACUUACAACUGAUUGCCUGAAAAUGUCAUUAAUGUUAAUAUAUAAAAAAAAAUGUUUGAUGAGAGGUUUGAUUGAAUGUAGACCAUUUUUAUACACAAGAGGAAAACUAAUAGGUAAAAAAAAGUUGUACACACACAUAGUGUUUGAAGAUUUAAAUUGAGAAUGAGAAAUAACCCAGAAAGCAUAUCUUUAGCGUAAGAUUAUGUCCAGGUUAUUAACCUGCAGGUUAGUCCUAUAUGCAAACCACAGAAAACCUGAAACAUCAAUGGUUUUACCAAGCUGUGAAAAAAAACUCAACGGGGUUGUCAAAACUUAAAGCCAUUUUUUUGCGUGAAAAUGUUCUACCACCAUGAAGCAUCUGUCUUUUGGCUCUCUGCGAUGCCAUAGAGCAACCAAGCACCUUUUGUUUUUUCUUUCUUGCUGAUGUUUCACUGUCGUUUGAAUCUUUGGGGCCAAAAGGACCUGAGUGAGGGAGGAUUGAGGAAAAGGAGGAAAGGGUCCUGAUAAAAGACUGCCUUUAAGAUGAUUAAUUGUAGAACAGGGAGGGAAGCCACUACCAUACCAAUACCACUGUUCACCAACCUAUAUGUGUGUGUGUGUGUGUGUGUGUUUUCCUGCUGCUGCUGCAGUGGAAACUCAGCCAUUAAAUCACUGAUCGUAUCUGCAGCUCAAUUAAAAAUCUUUUUCUUUGUAGUUGCACCGUUUAAAUCACCUGAUCUGUAUCUUUGAUGCGUUUGAAAUCUCAAAUCAGAUCUCCAGUCUUUUUGUAAAAAAUAAUGAAAAUCUCAGCUCGCCCUUUAAACUCAAAGUCAUCAAGAACAGAUAAAUCGGAUAUAAUUCAGCGCAUCGUGUUUGAUCAGGCUUCACCUUUCUGUUGAUGCGAUGAGGUGGAGGAAAGAAGAAAACCAGCGAAUACUGGGGAAAAAAAAGGUGCUGGGCGAUGCAUAUAAACUGUAGGGCAGGAGUGAACUCCCUCUGCAUGCUGAAAAGUGAGGAAGAGGAGAAAUUACUGUUGAACUGCAGAGAGAAGGGGUAUUUUUGUGCCAAAAGGUGAAAAAGAAAACCUGAAUUCCUUCAAAUGUAAAUAGGAGAAAUAAAUGUUAGAGUAACACGGGAGGUUGAGGAUGAAAGCGGGAGGUCAGAUUCUCUUUUUGCAUGCUAAAGUGUGAGGAGGAAGGAUGGAGGGAGAUGCUGCCGGAAUACUGAGAGGGAGGAGAGAGGGAGAAUACUGAUCAGGCCGAAAAAAGAUGGAGGCAACGUCAUCCAUCAAACCGACUGGGGAAGGAAAGGUCUCUGAGAAGAAGAGGAGGCAAAAAUGCUCCAUGCUCAUUUCAGUUACUCGUGCAAACGUAAAAUUCAUUCUAGAGAGAAAUCAGAGGAUGGAAGGAAAAAGUUUUAGGGGCAGGAAUGACUAAAGGUGUGCAGGUGCAAAUACUAAAGACAGUUUCUGUUAUACCUGCACUCCUAGUGUCAUGGCAAUAGUUAGUAACAUGAAUCUGUUAUUAGCAUUGGUGCCAAUGUAGCUUUUUUAUGUUAGCAUGAACACUAAACAGCACAAGAUGUGACUUUAAAAUUAUAGCUUUUUAGUUUUAUGCUGUUUAGUGAGAUGCCCUCAAAUUACCAGAACUGACCAGACCAUCAUCUCAGCAGCUCAGCCCCCCUCUGCUGAUCAUACUUACAUGUGGAUAAACAAAUUAGCGAUCGCUAGCUAGCAUGUCAAGAGCUAGCAGUUUGUAGCACGCUAAUUACAUGUUGCAUUUUUGUCUGGGCAAGGACUGGUUUGUGGCAGAGACAUAACAAGAAAUCUCCUGCAAAGAGUCCUGAAAAGAUCAGCUGUUGAUUGGCUCAUUGAUCCAAAAGUGCCAAUCAACAGCCACACUAUGAUAACUAUGAUAACUACUUACUGUAGCAGAAAGGAUGGAUCUACAUACAGAUUUUAGUCGUGGUUCCCUGCAUGUAGUUUUUAUGCUGUCAUAGGAAUUAAUGGUGGGACUGUCUCCAUGUUUAAUUUAGGGGCUUCAACAUAAUUGCCUAUUGGAGUUUCCAAGAUGGCUGUCACAACUUGCUUCUAGAAGGAGUUUUCUUGUGGUUGAGUAGUUCACCAAUUUGUAUUUCUUUGUUAUUUGUCCAGAAAAAACAAUCCUCAUGCUAAUUGCAGCUAUUAGGCUGAGUUGCUAUGAUUAAAAAUUCCUACUGGUAGCCUUAAAUUGUGGCAACGAAAAUAACAGAUUUAUUUUACAUCAUGCAUUCAUGAAUUGCCACGAGACUGAGCUCAUGAUUUUAUUUCCAGAUGUUCCAUUUGCACCAAGGCCAAUAUUCCACUUUUCUUUGAUACCUGAAUCCUGCUUUUAGUUGGACAAACCAACGAAUGGUAAUGGAAGCAUUUCGUCCAUGAAGCUCGGUCUUGUCAGAUGUAAUGACACUCUUUCCUGGUGCAGCACUGAACGCAUCUCACAAGCUCCUGAGAGGUUCCAUCUGAUGUCAGCCGCCAACAGAUUUUGAUACAACGAAUAAGAGCAAAUAAAGUGAAUAGGAAAAGAAAACCUUUACAAUCAAGUUUAAAUUCAGCUGAGAUAAAACGAUGCUUGGGUGGGUUUCCACUGUGGUAGCAAGAGUGUGUGUGUGUGUGUGUGUACAUUUUAACAUCAUGUCCAUCCUCUGAACACACACGUGCACCUGGGAGGAGCCAACAGAGACUGAAGGAGAGCGAAGUUAAAUUCCUGUGACAACAAAACAAAAAACAGAUUGAUUUACACCCUGUUUUACAUCCAUCCAUACACACACACACACACACACCCAACUCAGCGUUUUUAACAUUCUCCAGUGGUGAGAUAUUUAUUAUUUUGGUUUUAAUUUAUUUUUUACAAUGGGUUAUAUUUAUUGUUGGAGGAUGUAGACAGUUUUAUUAGUUUGUACAGCGUUAAAGCAGAAGGAAGAGCCCAACAGCAUCAGACGUUAAUUGCACACACACACGCAUACACACACACACACACUUUAACAGGUCAUAAAACAGUCCAUGUGCAGCCUGGGAAACAGCCAGAACUGUUGGUCACACUUCAUAUUCAUUCUUGCCAUUUUAAUUUUUUAACUCAUUACUUGUUUCCUGCAUUUAUGUCCAAUUUAAGAGCAGUCAGAAACAGGAUGUGUCGAAAAACUUUGAGAAAUGUGACAAAUCGUUCUGGUUCAGUCGGUCAUUUCCCAUCGUGCUGAUGUUCAAUUCAUCAAAUCCAUCCGUCUGUCUGUUUCCUCUCAGCCUGGAGUUAUUAACCAAGAAGGAGGCAGAGAGACUGAUCAAUUUUAUUGAUCAGAAUCGCCCAUCAGACUCACUUCACUCACACGGCGAACCGUCUGAAGAGUUGUUGAAUCGUUCGACUCCUUACCAGACGAUGUUCUUAAGGAGUUUUAAAAGCAAAGAAGGGGUUGGGGAAAGACAUCAGCAGGGAAAUGGAGCUCUCCCACUUAAGAUCAAUUGGCAAAAAUACAUUUAGAAUAAUGGUGUUAUUCUUAUUUCUGACAGAAAAUAAACAAGUUGAUUUAAUGUUUAUCAUUUUGUAUUUUUUCUUAGGAAUCUCUUAUUUGAAACUAGUUGCUCCAUUCAUCGUAUUCUUACUGUACACUAAUCCCCCAUUGGUAAAAAAAUGGAUUUUUCUAUUUUUCUGUUAUAUUUCCAUCCAUUGUGUUAUUUUGAAGAAUUGGAUUUGAAAUCAGUGCUAGAAACUACAAAAAUGUCCCCUUCAAACCUAAUGAAGAGUUUAUCAAUACCCAAUGAAGAGUCCGACAUAUUUAUCAGAUUCUUUGGAAACAAUCAGGUCACCAUGGAGAACAAAUCCACUUUCAUGUUAUGUAUUGUUUAUGAUUUAGAUGAAUCUGACCAUAAUUCUUAACUUUCUGGGAAAUCUCUCAACCAACCAUUUAUCAUUAAUGGUAUCUUAAGAUGCAAGUCACAUUGUAAAGCUUUCAUUGAUUUCUUGUGGGGGAAAAAAAUCCAUUUCAUACUAAUGGGAGAUUAAACUCAAUGGUAUAACUGCCAUUAAUAAUCUGCGGGAGGUUCAGUAAUCAGCAGCAGAAGUAGGUCAUAGAAUUUCCCUACAGAAAACUUGCACUGACCUCCCAUUGGAAAUCAAUGGGAGCUGGCUGACCCCACCUCAUUAGGCCCCUCCCACCCCUGCAGACUCCAGACAGACAGUUGGGUGACUGACAGACGAGUUGAGCCAACAGCAGAUCCCAGCGGGCUUCAUUGUACCAUAGCAACAGCGAAUCACUGGACUCCCCUCUGAGCUCAAACGGGGGGGUCAGAUGUCUUUAUUGUACCAUAAUAUGAUUAUUAUUACUACAGUUAUAAUUAUUAUUAAUAUUCUGAGCGGAGGCUUCUUGGUUGCUGUGCCAUCAGGAUCCACAGCAUUCAAAUAAAUUUUAUCUAUAAGCACUUUCAGAAUAUAGUCCUGGAUUUUAAACACACAGUCCAAAAGUCCUCGUCGGGGUCCCUGAACCACCAGUCGAGAAGCGCCGCUCACACUGGAUCUUGUGUCUUAGUUCAGGAUCUGAUUGUUCAUUCAGGCGGCGUUUGGGGUGCUGCGAGCGUUGGAUCAUGAGGCUUCGCCAAGCAAACUUUGAUAAAUCCCUGUCAUUAUUUAUUAGGAAGCUGACGGUGAAUCUAGUCUAUGAAUCACGGCCGGAUGCCACAUAUUAUUAUGACUAAAAUUUGGUAGAGCUGCAAUUUUUGAAGUUCAAUAGCAGCUGUCUCAUGAUAAUUAUAAAAAGAUAUAAUCAAAAAUGCAAGAUGUUUAUUGUACAGGGCAUGGCUCUCAGCAUGACUGCAGAUGUCAUGUAUAUCUCUUUUUUAGAUAUAUAAUAAAUAUAUAACCUAAAAACACAGGUGACCAUGCGCGACAGUCCAAAAAUCACAUUAUUUCAUUAGUAAUUACACAUAAAUGUAAGAUUUAAACAUUUUACUUUUACAAAAUAAAAACAUUCCUUUUAACCAUCUGCCACAAACAAAUUAAUAAUUUUUGUUCUCCACCAUUAUACUCAUUUCUUUCAGUUUUGGCUGGAAAUAACCUGUCACGAAAACAAUGAUAGGCUUCUUUCAGUAUUUAUGUGUUAUGUUUUUAGAUUUUCACAAACUGUCACAACUUUUAAGCAAUCCUGAACUUUUCUGCUAAUUUCUUACAUGUUUACAACAGUCAGAUUAACUGCUAAUUGAGGCACCUAGAAGUUACCUUUACUGUACAGCUAAACGCCGUGUCAGUCGUGUGCUGAGGGAAACUUAUUUGUUCAAUGAAACACCCUACAUUUUAAAAAUACAGGUGUAGUCGGCCAGUGUAGGUGGAGGCACAAUCCACUAGACUUUAACCCAAGAAACUGGGGACAAACUGCAGUGAGAUUGCAAUAUCUUCUCACUUAGUUUGCUGUUUUUUAUAGCUUGAAGUUCCAGUUUUGGUCCACUGUGUGGUUAGGUUUAGAAAAGGAUCAUGGUUUGGGUUUAAUCCUGUCACGAUGUUAAGCGCAUUAAAAAUGUCUCCAUUUCUAAAUUACCAAAAUAACUGCCCAGUCAGCAACUGUAGAGCUCGUGAAACCCAAUGAGGGCUUCUGCUUGGAGGUGGCUUAAAGCGAAAUCCAAGUUGUAGUGCGAGAAAUGUAAAAAAUGUAGUAAGAAGGAUAGUUUGAUGUCGUCUUUGUUGUGAAAAUUAAAAGAAGACACAAAAGGAUUUAUCAUGUUGCCUUAUCAGCAUUUAUCACCUGUUUAACAAACCUUCUGGUCAAUCAUUCUGCACCAGUUUCCUUUAGAAAUGUUUUCCCAUCAAACGCAAAGAAAAUAGUAUUGAAAGUAUCCACACACAGUCUCAGUUGUAGCUUGACUGAAGUGAGAAGAUGAAUUAUUUCAAAUGCAGGGAUAAAAUCCUGCAAUGCAAUUUUCAGAAUAAAUGAAUAAAAACAGAAAAAUAGAAGAUAUGAAACCAAAUGUAACAAAACACACAAAAUACUAUAAUAUAUCUCUUCAGCAGGUCUUUACAUUUUCUCAUAACCAGCCGACCUUCUUUUCAUAUGCAACGCAAAGAAUGUGUGAAACCACGAAACCCACCAUCGAAGCCUCCUGAUCUGCCGCCAGCAGCUCUGCAGCGCUGCCGUUCAUCUCUCUGCCUGGAAAAACUGUUUUUGUUCUGUUUGAAAACUAAAAACGCAGAAAUACAUGUCGCCUUGAUGCAGCGCUUUCCAGGAUGUAGUCAGGGCCCAUUUUUUGAGACCAUUCGCCAUUGCCUUGUUUUUAUUUGUCAUUUUUGCUGAAUUAAAAUGUAACGAUGACGAUGAUGAUGAAUCUUCAUGUAAUAGCCUGUGUCAGUUUUUAUAUCAUUGCCAUUGCCUUCUGCUGAGUUUGUAUAUUUGUGUGAUUUCACUAAAGUGUAAUGGAAAAGUU